GACGGCUUCAAGCCCGUGAAUGCCUGGGUCUUGGGCGGCAUCACAUGGCUCGACGACGUGCAAGCCUUCUACCGUGAACGAAGUGCCAUAGAAAAGGAGUACAGCCAGAAACUCAAUGCCCUCGCCAAAAAGUACUUUGAUAAGAAGAUCCGCAAACAGAGCAGUCUGAGUGUAGGCGACACUCCGACCGUCACUCCUGGCUCUCUAGAGAGUGCGUCUAUGACCACCUGGGCCACUCAACUUACCACCCUCGAGAACCGCGCUGCCGAACACGAUCGCUUCGCUACUCAACUAAUCUCGCACCUCGCCGAUCCUAUCAAGAACCUGUCUACCCGAUGCGAAGACUUGCGUAAACACCAUGCCGAUUAUGCCGCCAAACUCGAGAAAGAGCGCGACAACACCUAUGCUGAUCUGCGCAAGACGAAGACCAAGUACGACAGCGUCUGCCAGGAUGUCGAGAAAAGCAGAAAGAAGAUCGACAGUAGUUUCGACCAUGGCAAGACCAAGGCCCAGGCCGCCUACGUACAGAUUCAGGCAGAUAUGCGCAACACCAAGAAUACCUACUUGAUUUCCAUCAACGUCACCAACAAGCAGAAAGAGCGAUACUACCACGAAUACAUCCCCGAUUUGCUCGACUCAUUACAGGAUUUGUCUGAGACACGCGUGGCCAAGUUGAACACUUUGUGGCUACAAGCAGCGACUAUCGAGACUCAGACUCUCUCGCGAUCCACACAGCUACUCGAACACCUGUCGUCUGAGAUUCCACGUAACAACCCCGUUCUCGAUUCCAUGAUGUUUGUUCGCCACAAUGCUUCCAAUUGGCAAGACCCCGCCGACUUCACAUUCGAGCCUUCACCGGUAUGGCUGGACGACGAUGUCAUGGCCUCGGACGAUUCCAGCAAGACAUUCCUUCGCAACAUCAUGAUGAGAAGCAAGGGACAGCUGAACGAGCUGCGCAGAGAGUGCGACGCUAAGCGUCGUGAGGUCGAAGGCGCAAAGAGGGUACGUCAGGCGAUUAGAGAUGGCACAGACAAGCGUGAUGAGGUCGAAGUUGUGCGGGCACAGUUCAACCUGCAAGAGUCGCUACAUGAGUCCGAGAGAAAGAAGGUGACGUGCGAAGUCGAGGUCAGCACCAUUGCAACUGCUGUUGGAGACUUGAGCAUUGGUGCUCAGAACCACGCCUUCAAAUCCCAAACCUUCAAGCUGCCCACAAACUGUGAUCUUUGUGGAGACCGCUUAUGGGGACUCUCGGCAAAGGGCUUUGAUUGCGAAGACUGCGGCUUCAUCUGCCACAGCAAAUGUCAGAUGAAGGUACCGGCGAAUUGCCCUGGCCUGCUGGAUAAGGAACAAAAGAAGAAGAUCAAGGCUGAGAGACAGGCUGCAGCCUCAGCAUCCACACCUCCGGUGGCCAAUGCAGCGGCACAAGGCUCCUCUGAUUCGGUAAAUGACAUGCCGCGUCUCAACCGUACCGACACCAUGGGUAGCAUGAACACACUCUCAUCUGGCUACGCUGCAAGUGCCAACCGCAGCGUGUCUGGAACGAAUGUUCGACCGCCUUCGAAUUCGAACGAUAGUGCCAGCGAUUUAGGACGGUCAAACACGGCUAAGCGUCGCAUUCUGGCACCACCACCGGACCACUACGCGAACGGAAAUGGCGAUUCUGCAGAUGGCCAGCCUCGCGGCAAGAUGAUGUAUCCUUACCAGGCGAGUGGGGAUGGUGAAAUUACCGUGGAUGAGGGUGCUGAAGUCACAAUUGUUGAACCAGAUGAUGGCGUCGGCUGGAUGAAAGUCCGCACGCAUUCUGGCGAGGGUCUUGUCCCUGCGUCUUAUGUCGAGACACUGCCCUCAUCACCUGUCAAAUCCCAGCCUGGCCAUCGCGCAUCUAUAACCAGUCUAGCCACUUCGAUUGCCUCGUCUGCCCCGUCGACCAAGAAGAAGGGUCCUGCUGUGGCUCCUAAGCGUGGUGCUAAGAAGCUGAAGUAUGUCGAAGCACUGUACACGUACGAAGCUAGCGGCGAAGGCGAAAUCAGUAUGGAUGAGGGCGAGAGGUUGGUCUUAAUUACACCAGACUCAGGCGAUGGAUGGUGUGAGGUCGAAAGAGCAGGUGGUCAAGGCAAAGGACUGGUACCUGCCGGUUGGGUCAAGGAGGUCUAG